AAUGCUUUAGACAGAAAUUAUGAUUCGUGCACCAAAACUCGUGAAAUUGGUCAAUCGUCCUUAGGCAUGGAAACAUGGUGGAACGUAGACCUUGGACAAAUCUAUAGUGUGUUUAGCAUCAGGAUUUUAUUUAAAGAUUAUGGUGAAGAAUACGUGUUGAGACAGAGAAGUCGAUUCGCAGGAUUUUCUUUGUAUCUAUCAAACUCCAGCAAUAGAAAAGAAGGAAAAAGAUGUUACAAAGAUGGGCCAGACUUACCUCCCUUAGACUUCGAAACAACCUGUACCGGAUAUGCUAGAUAUGUAAUUUUUUACAACGAAAGACGUCCCAAUGAACCACUUUCUUUCACUGAACUCUGUGAAGUUAUAGUGCAAGGGUGUUAUCUUGAUGGUGUUUAUGGAGAAAGAUGCGAUAAAAAAUGUCCGGAGUCUUGUCAUGAAGAUAAAUGCGAAAUCGUUACUGGGGCAUGUUUUGCAUGCAAACGAGGUUUGCAAGGGGAAAAGUGUCGAAAACCCUGUGAUUCCGGUUAUUAUGGGGAAUUCUGCUCAAGUAAAUGCUCGUCCAAAUGCAUUAAUAAUUGUGACCACCUUGAUGGAACCUGUAUUUGUUCACAUGGACUACGGGGAUCCCCAAAUUGUACAAAAGGCUGUCCUACCGGGUUCUAUGGACCGAACUGUGGCCAUAUUUGUAGUCAACACUGUAAACUUAACAGCUCAUGUGACAGCAUUAAUGGUACCUGCCCACUUGGAUGCAAAGACUCAUAUUGGGGUUUAAAAUGUGAUGUUCCAAGUAAGAUAGUUAUUUUCGUAACAUCAAAAUAAUUGAUUUUGUUGUGAAAUGACAAUGAAUAGAAUUUAUGCAAAAGA